AUGACCCUUCUGGCGUUCGGCACCACCUUCUACAACGGCACAAUCAUCCUGGCGUUUGUUAAAUUCAAGAAACUCUUCACACCGUUCAACGUAUACAUUCUCAAUCUGUCCACAACCGACUUUCUCAUCGCCAUCAUCGUUAUGCCGGGUUACAUCCUACGCACAUUGAACCUCCCGCUGCAUCCGUCGCUGUGCUGGGCCGUCCUGUACACCAACGACGUCAUCAUGGUGUCGCAGUGUCAGGGCAUGUUCCUCCUCAGUCUGAGCCGUUUGUGGUCGCUGGUGUUGCCGUUGUCCUACAAGAACCUGGCUAGCCCACGGGUGUCGGCGGGGAUUUGUGUUAGCUGGUGGAUUCUGUGGAUUGUGGUGUUGCUGCCAUACCGGAUCAUUGACCGGAGUUAUUCACCCAAAAGUGAACUGGCGACUUGCCAUUCGAAUUACGCAGCGCAGAGAGCGUACGCGACAUUUAUUGAAUUUGUGGGAUUUGAUGCGCCGGUAUUCCUUGCGUUGGGGAUGAACAGUUUCGUGUUCUUUAAGUUGGUGCAAAGGAAAAUGCGGAAGCGGAACCAAGCCGGGCCGUUUAGUACAAAUGCGCCAACUAUUAGCCGACAUGUAACGGAUACUGUGACCACCUCCAUCGACCACUCAAAACCUGUAUCACGGCCUAAAUCGGUCAGCGAUGAUGCAAAACACGUGCGACUUUUCGGAUUAUUAGCGGUGUUUGUGCUAGUUUGCUAUAUGCCCAUCUUUUGCUACUACAUAUUGUCCGACCUUAUCGAUGGAUUUUACUAUCCAACCGUUCGCAAUGCUCUGACCUGUGUGGAGUUCUCAGCAUGCAUACUGAACCCGUUGAUCUAUCAUGCGAAUUUACCGGAGCUCCGGAAUAACCUGCACAAACUGUUCAAGCGGAGCUAA